AUGGUCAAUUUCAACGCCGACAUGGAUGGCGCAAAAGAGCCCGGGUUGUCUGCCUCUAUUGCAGAUGAGGAGUGUUUCGGAUCAAUUGCAAUUAUUAGGAAAAACAAAGACACCGAAAUAUUCAAAAUGCGUGAGCCAAUGGGUCCACAGUCUCAUAUUGUCAUUAAAAAAUCGAUUGUGUCCCUCAAGCAUGCCGUUAUUACCACUUCCUCCGACAAGAGCAGUGCUCAUAUACAGAAUGUUGGUGGAAACGGCUUGUAUUUGAAUAACAUUUUUGUUCCAAAGAUCGAUCCCUCGACAAACGCUGCCACGGAGCCCCUUCCGCUCAAAUCUGGCGAUGUUUUUCACAUAUUCGUCUCAGUCUCAGUCUCAGUCUCAGUCUCRGUCCCGGUCCCGGCCCCAUUAUCACCAUCUUCAACCGUAACAAGGCUGAACACACCAAAGCGAAAAAAUCCGCAAGAUGGCAGCGAUCAGAUGGCUAGUGUUUCAUCUCCAAGACGUGUAACUUUUGUUGAUGAGAUUUUAUCUCCCCAUGCCGACUCGAUAAAGCCCAAAGAUAUCCCGAUUACCCAACAAAAGGCCCAAACUGAGCAUGCUAAUGAGGACCUGGUUUCUGGCCUCGCCUCGGAGCAUUCUGAUGGCACUGGAAGCGAGGUUUCUCAGCAAAAUGGCAUCACUAGUAAUGGUGGUUCUGAGCAUCAUGCCGAAGGCUUUUCAUUGGGCAUUUCACAAGAACAAAAAGACGAAUCUAUCCUCGCAUCUGUCUUCUCAGACAUAAAGGAGCCAUCUUUAAGCUCCAAUUUGGCCCCAAAUCUUUCUCCUCUAAUAGUGAUAGAGAGGGCUAUCAACGACCACACAAGCGAUAUUCAAAUUGCCGAUGAUGGGCCUGUUGAUACAAAUGACCCCAAUUCUUUCCAACACCGCAAAGUGCUGCCUCCAAACAAAAGUGAUCAUUCUCAACUUUCUACGACAAAUCCAGAUUCUAUUCUUGGAACUGAUCAAUCAAUAUCAGUUGUAUCAGCUUCCAUUCAGCUUCCUAAAGAAGAUAAAUUAUCUUCAAGCUCGUCUGUGCAAGAUAUUCUAUUACCAGUGAUAAUUGAUCUUCCCCAAAUGAAUUGCAACAUUGAUGAUGGACAGGUAAGUGCAAACGACAAUUUGCCAUCUGAGGAUCGGAAAAAGUCCAUCGAAACUGAGCCAGAUGGCAUUUCUUUUCAACAUACUGGGCAGAUCGUAACUGGGCUUUUAGAGACAUUAUCACCUCGACGAUCCGAAAGGUUGACCAAACAAACGGACCUUAAGGGCCCUGGCUUUUCGUCACCUAUGCCACAAAAACAACCUGAGAAGCUUUUGGCAAUUGGUCAUGAUGUGGAAAAUAACAACAUAUUUUCCUCAACGGAAGCUAAUGGCGUUUUUACUUUAAAGACGAGAAGGCAACUUAAACGGCCUUUUUCUGAUAAGGAAAAUAUCCCUGAAAACAGGAUCGGAAUUUCAAACAAAAACAAUAUCAACCAUCAGCUCGAACUUUCCAAAGACAUCUCUUUCAUGAAUAGCCAUCAGCUCCUGUUGGAAGAUAGGGUCCAGCAUGUCAUGUCAGAGCCGGAUUUGCUAUCAACUGGAUGUAGCACGCCAAUUUCUGAUAAAACAGCCCCAAACAAGCAUUCGAGCGCAAGAACUCCUAGAAGUGCUAUUUCUGUUCGCAAGUCUACACGAAUAGCAGAAAAAGUUACACAAAUUAAAUAA